AUGCAAUACAGCGCUUUUCAUACCCAGCCGGACGAAGUUCUAGAAUCGGAAGAGACCGCCCUCCACGACACAGAUGGCACCCGACUCUACGAGACCUGGGACAGCGGUCUUCUGGACAGCAUAAUCCGUCUCAAGACUGAAGAAGGUUUCUGCUACGACCCGCUAUGUGUCGCCGCGGAGGCAGGGAGCACCGAUGUUCUCGGGGUCAUCGUGGAUCACUACCACAGGACAAGUUCAACGAAAAAGCCUCUCCAUCGACGAAAAUGCUCAUUAUUGAGUGCGGCAUGCAGCGAUCUGCAUCUUGAGACAGCACAAUUUAUCCUAGACAUGCAGCCUACACCCUGUUCAGUCGAUUUCAACCAGUCGGACCGCGAUGAAGCGCUGCUGGCGGCUGCAAGAGCCCUGACUGAUCUUCCUCCUGAAUAUCUUUUUCCUGAAGUUCGCAAAUCUGAGACAUCGAUUGACCCCGACCACUGGAGGAGCGAUCUAAUCGCCCGUGGCGAGGAAUUAAUAAACUUGCUCCUCGAUGGCGGUGCGUCUGCUCAGGCGGUUGAACUCCCCACUAGUAACAGUGAAUGGGCGGCUCAGAUACUCUGUGGUGGUUCUGUAGUCAAAGACGAUGAUGAUGAAAGCCAAUCACUACAAUCUUUUGGUACAGUUCUUGGUCUAGCUUCCUCUAGAGCCGGUUCUGCGUUAGUCAAACGACUCAUUGACCACGGGGCCAAUAUACACGCGAAGGAGCAGUACCAGUAUCACCCCUCAUCCAGCUUUUGGUCUGCUAUGCCAAUGCCUUGGAAUGUUACUUCACUUCAUAUCAGUAGCAUGUAUUGGAAUACCGAGGCACUUCAAACGCUCCUUGAUCACCACCGGAGGGAUAUCACAGAAUCACUGUCCUGUCGCGAUAGUAAGGGGCGUCUUCCCCUUCAUUGGGCAGCCGCGGGCCCUGGCUCGGAUGAAUGCUGGCUUUCUGAUGUUCAUAUCAAAGAUCGGAUCAUGGAUACCCUAAAGCUACUCCUAGCCGGUAGUGAAAUCAAUUCUCCAGACGACCAGGGCGAAAAUACGUUGCAUCACGCAAUAAGAGGGCACGCAUGCUGCGCUGGGAGCGAACACUUAGAUACGAUGGUGAAGUUUUUACUGGAGAAUGGAGCGGAAGCAGAUAUAGUGGACAACAAUGGCCAAACUGUGCUACACAAGUUCGCAGCCAAUUGCAAAGGUGGUGAUCCCAUCGACAUCCCUCUGAUGGAUAUCCUUCUAUCGCACGGUGUCGAAAUCAAUCAGCAGGACAAGAACGGGAAUACUGCAUUGCACCUUAUAGCCAGGAAUCUACGACAAGUUCAGGCGGCCAAAUUUCUGAUAAGUAGAGGCGCGGAUGUCAGUCUUACCGAUUCCAGAGGAAAUACAGCUUUGCACCAUUGUUUGCAUGUGGGAAGCAUUUUAGACAGACAUGGAUGUGUGGUAUCCACAUUUGCUGAUCAGAGAGAAGCGCUGGAUGAGAUGCGUGUUAUUUUGCUGGAGGCAGGGGCUGAUAUCAUGAUGGAUCAGUCCAAUUCACGGGGUGAAACGCCACGACAGCUGCUGUUCAAGAGACUGGAAAAUUGGCGGCGGGCUGAAUUCCCAGAACUGUUCCCAAAGCCGGCGGGAAGGGGGAGACCCAGGACGAACAAUCUUGUCGACAGCUAG